CGCACAUGCGCAUUUCAUUUUUAAAAUGGCGGCCGUGCAAGGUGGUCCGGUAGACGCGGUCGAAGAAAAAGACAUAAAAACCGAACCAUCGAACGAUGGCUGCGGGAGUAACAGUACAAACGACGGGAGAGCGGCCUCCGCGUCCCCCGGCUCCGGGGCGCCGGCUGCGGGCGCCAAACCCGCGGCCGCAGCGCCGGAGGACCAGCAGACGCUGCUGGCGGUGCUGCAAUUCCUCAAAAAGAACAAACUGACCGAGUCCGUGGACAUUUUGCGUCGCGAAGCGGGAUUGCCGGAGGAUUCGCUCGAUCUGAAGGGGGCGGACUCGUCCGCGGCGGGUUCGGGUGGUGCCGCUGGUGGUGCCGCCGCUGGUGGUGCUGUGGCAGGCGGUGACUUGGGCGCCGCGGAUGCGAGCUCCCUUCUCAGCCGUGUGACCGCCUCAUCCUCCGCUGUCGUUCAGGCGCCAACUAAAGCUGCUGGCGAGGACCAGCCAGACGUCAACGUGGUGCUGUCCGCUUACAGCCAGCAGGGAGACCCAAAGCUGUACCCGGUUUACUACAACGGCCUGAAGAGGUUCAUAGAGUCCGUGUUGGACUGUCACCGGGCAGAGCUGUCCCAGGUCUUCUACCCGCUGUUCGUGCACAUGUACCUGGAACUGGUGUACAACAAUUACGAAAGCGAGGCCAAGGCGUUCUUUGAAAAGUUCCGCGGCGAUCAGGAGUGUUACUACGAGGACGACCUGCGGAUUCUGUCCAGCCUUUCCAAGCGGGAGCACAUGCGAGGCAACGAGACCCUGCUGGACUUCCGCACCAGCAAGUUUGUCCUGCGCAUCUCCCGGGACUCUUACCAGCUGCUGAAGAGGCACCUGCAGGAGCGCCAGAACAACCAGAUCUGGAACAUCAUACAAGAGCACCUGUACAUCGACAUCUUCGAUGGCAUGCCGCGCAGCAAGAGCCAGAUCGACGCCAUGUCCGGCAGCUUGGCCGGAGAGGCCAAACGAGAGGCCAACAAGGCCAAGGUUUACUACGGACUGCUGAAGGAACCAGAAAUUGAGCUGCCCCUUGAUGAUGAGGAUGAAGAGGCGGAGAACGAGGAGGGUAAACCGAAGAAGAAGAAACCCAAAAAGGACAGCGUGGGCUCCAAGAGCAAGAAACAAGACCCCAAUGCACCUCAACAGACUAGGAUCCCUCUUCCAGAACUGAAGGACUCCGACAAGCUGGACAAGAUCAUGUACAUGAAGGAGGCGACCAAGAGGAUCCGCCUGGGACCAGAGAACCUUCCCUCCAUCUGCUUCUACUCUUUCCUCAACGCUUACCAGGGUCUGACGGCAGUGGACUUCACGGACGACUCCAGCCUGAUCGCAGGAGGCUUCGCUGACUCCACGGUGCGCGUGUGGAGUGUCACGCCGAAAAAACUGCGCAAGGUCAAGUCUGCAGCAGACUUGAAUCUGAUUGACAAAGAGUCGGACGACGUGCUGGAGAGGAUCAUGGACGAGAAGACGGCCAGCGAGUUGAAGAUCCUGUACGGACACAGUGGGCCGGUGUACGGCAUCAGCUUCAGCCCAGACAGAAACUACUUGCUAUCGAGUUCUGAAGAUGGUACGGUCCGGCUGUGGAGCCUCCAAACGUUCACUUGUCUGGUGGGCUACAAAGGUCACAACUACCCAGUGUGGGACACCCACUUUUCCCCCCACGGGUACUAUUUUGUCUCCGGGGGACAUGACAGAGUUGCCCGUCUGUGGGCAACAGAUCACUACCAGCCACUGAGGAUAUUUUCCGGUCACCUCGCCGACGUGACUUGCACCCGCUUCCACCCCAACUCCAACUACGUGGCCACCGGUUCCUCUGACCGCACCAUCCGACUGUGGGACGUCCUGAACGGAAGCUGCGUGCGCAUCUUCACCGGCCACAAGGGUCCUAUACACGCGCUGGCCUUCUCCCCCAAUGGAAAGUUCUUGGCUUCGGGAGCCACUGACAGCAGAGUGCUUCUGUGGGACAUUGGUCACGGGCUGAUGAUUGGGGAGCUCAAAGGCCACACGGACUCCAUCUACUCACUGCGGUUCAGCAGAGACGGGGAGAUCCUCGCCUCCGGCUCAAUGGACAACACGGUUCGCCUGUGGAACGCUACGAAAGCAUUUGAUGAUUUGGAGACGGAUGACUUCACGGCAGCUACGGGACACGUCCAUCUACAAGACAACUCCCAGGAGCUUCUGCUGGGAACCUACAUGUCAAAAUCCACACCGGUCAUAAACCUUCACUUCACCCGCAGGAACCUGCUGUUGGCUGCUGGUUCCUACAAUCCAUGAGAGUUGAGUCCACAGGAGCGGAUUUAUUGCAGACAGCUCGUCGCCAUGACAAGUGCCAUUGUUGAUUGAAGACUUUUCCUUUUUUAUCACUGCCACGAGUACAGCUUUUUUCAACACUAGGCUAACAUCUCCGUAUUAUAGUAUUUUAUAUUGUUGUACACUGUAAAUAAAAAACAUGUUUUCUAUG